AUCUCGGUAUUUCUGUGCAGCACUCCAUCUGGCCUGAACAUCACAAUGACUGGCGGCCGCCUGACCCUCGCCACGACUCUCUCUCACGUACUGGUGGUUGCGCUGUGCGUAACACAUUUAUCGCUGGCGGAGCGCCAAAGAAGAUACAGGCACGUCAGCCGUCCGUGGGUGGUGUCACCAAGUCGUGGCGAGGCAUGGCCCCGGCCCAUGAAACAGACUACCGGACCCAAUCUGAUCUUGCUGAACCCAAGUACGUUCACCUUCAUGUUCGUCGGGCCCCCCGGAGGUUGUCACGUCGUCGAUCAGGCGCUAAAGCGAUACCGCGACCAAUUACUUUUCAAUGGAUGCGCGGGGCCCAGAGGAGAGGCUUCCAGCCAGACCAGGGUACCUUCCCGCGGCCCUGUCAAGGGUCUGCCCGUGGCCGGCAUAAACUCGCUCCUUGUCAGGCUACGUGGGCCGUGCCAGCACAUGCCACAUAACGACAUGGACGAAGCAUACACUCUGGAGCUGACGCUAAAGUCACACCCUUCACUUGAGGCCAAUUCUGUUUGGGGUCUGCUGAGGGGUCUGGAGACGUUCAGCCAGAUCGUAUACCCCUACGACGGCUUUCAGUUCGCUGUUAACGAGACUGUCAUCCACGACGCCCCAAGGUUCCAGCACCGCGGUCUCCUCAUCGACACUUCCAGGCACUUCCUGCCGCUCAAGAAGAUCGUCGAGACAUUGGACGCUAUGGCCUACAACAAGAUGAACGUCCUCCACUGGCACAUGACCGAUGACCAGUCUUUUCCUUUUGUCAGCAGAACAUUCCCAACUCUCAGUGAAAGGGGUGCUUACGAUCCCGAAACGCACGUGUACAGGCCCGCUGACGUACAGUACGUGAUUGGCGAGGCCGCAGCCAGGGGUAUCCGGGUCAUGGUAGAAUUCGAUACUCCCGGCCACACGUUGUCGUGGGGCCAGGCGUAUCCCGAGCUGCUGACCACAUGCUACACAGGCGACGCGCCGAAUGGCGAGCUGGGGCCUUUGGACCCGACGCGCAAGGAGACGUACGUCUUCAUGGCUCACUUCUUCGCGGAGGUGGCGCGCGUCUUCCCAGACCAGUAUCUCCACCUGGGGGGAGACGAGGUCAGCUUCGACUGCUGGCAGUCUAACCCGAACAUCACGAGCUUUAUGCGAAGAAUGGGACUUUCAUCACGCUUCGACAAACUGGAGGAGCACUACAUUCAGAGAUUGCUAGAAAUUAUUCAGACCUUGCGCAAGAGCUACGUGGUUUGGCAGGAGGUGUUCGACAACAAUGUGACGAUUGCUCCGGACACUGUGGUGCACGUGUGGAAACCGCCACAGAAUGAGGAGUUGGCCUCGGUAACGUCUGCGGGCUACAGGGCACUACUGUCAGCUUGCUGGUACCUGGACUACAUAUCUUAUGGUGCUGACUGGAAGAAGUACUACGCCUGCGACCCACACAAUUUCAGAGGGAGUCCCCAACAAAAGACUCUGGUCAUUGGCGGUGAAGUUUGCCUCUGGUCGGAAUACAUAGACGCCACUAACAUCAUCAGCAGGGCAUGGCCCCGCGCAUCGGCGGCAGCCGAACGGCUGUGGAGUCCAGCCACGGUGAACAGCGUGGAAGAGGCGGCGCCCAGGCUUGAAGAGCAUCGCUGUAGGAUGAGGAGGCGCGGACUGAUGGUUGAGCCUCAGAACGGUCCUGGGUUCUGCGAUUGCGACAAUGCCAUAUAAGCUCUGGAGCCUCGACCGCAAAGUUUGCCUACCAAGUCUAACAUAAAAGAAGGCCUGCGCGCUCUGACUGCGUCCCGGCGUUCAUACUAUAAAACAUUCUUCAGAUACACAAUAAUUGAGCUGGACGUCAUUCACGCUUUCGGAAAAUUCUACCAUUCGAUGUUAGCCUUCUAGUUUGAAGUCACGGCCCCAUUCUCGAAGGCUUUCUGCUAUCCAGAAAGAUUCGUUUGGUCGCACUAAAUAUAAGCUCAAAAAUACCUACUCAAAGAAAUCUGCCAACAUGCCUUGACUGCUACACGGAAAACGGAAGUAGUUUAUUGAGCUAAAGUGAAACUGUCCACAGGCUUGACAAGCGAAUAAAUUGGGAAAAAUGAAAGAUACGCGAA